AUGUCAAACUUGGGACAAUUUGACACUGAUUUUUACCAAUCUAAUUAUACCAUUGAUAAUCAGGAGCAGAGUUGUAAUGAUUCUAAUGCCUAUGGAAAUCUUUAUGGAUCUGGAAAACCACAAGCCAGUGAGCAACCUCAGCCUGCGUUUGUCCCACCGGAGAUGCUCCUGUCAUCAGGUUACGAGGGACAAUUUUUUCAGCCAGCGUUCAACGUGGAUUCUUAUUCACAAUCUCCUUACAUUGACAGUUUUGAUGAAGAGCCUCCUUUGCUAGAAGAACUUGGAAUUAAUUUUGAUCACAUAUGGCAAAAAACCUUGACAGUGUUAAACCCACUGAAGCCAGCAGAUGGCAGCAUUAUGAAUGAAACGGACCUCACUGGGCCCGUCCUGUUUUGUGUCGCCCUAGGAGCCACGUUGCUUCUGGCAGGAAAAGUUCAGUUUGGUUACGUGUACGGCAUAAGUGCCAUUGGCUGCCUUGGGAUUCAUGCCUUACUAAACCUGAUGAGCUCUUCAGGGGUGUCCUGUGGCUGCGUGGCCAGUGUAUUGGGUUACUGCCUGCUCCCCAUGGUCAUCCUGUCCAGCUUUGCUAUCUUCUUUUCUCUGCAGGAUGCCUUUGGAAUCGUGUCUGCACUGGUCAUCAUUGGCUGGUGUAGUCUCUCAGCUUCUAAAAUCUUCAUUUCGGCCUUGGACAUGGAAGGACAACAGCUUCUCAUUGCCUACCCUUGUGCCUUAUUUUAUGGACUUUUUGCCCUCCUAACAGUUUUCUGA